AUUCUCCCUUAAGGUCGCCACUUGUGUCAUCACGGCCAUAUUAGGUACGAGAGGAGGAAUGAGGACUGAUGAGGACGUUUCGCGAUAAAUGAGGCUGCCCUGAAAUUUUCAAGGCAGACUUUCUCGGCUGCGUUACGAGGCUCUUCCCGGUGGAUUGCAAGGGACAGCCUGCGAAGCAUGGCAUGGCACUGCAAUGGCACUACGAACCAAGAGAUGGUGACGAAGCUGAAAGAUGCUGGUAUACUGGCAACGGACAGAGCAGAAGCCGCUAUGCUCGCUGUUGACAGAGCGAAAUACUGCCACGAACCGGAUCCUUACCUCGAUCGUCCCAGAAGAAUUGGUUACAACGUGACUAUUAGUGCACCGCAUAUGCAUGCGUACGCAUUGUCUAUCCUCUCUGAUCAACUCUUCGACGGCGCCAAGGCACUUGACGUCGGCUCUGGCUCGGGCUAUCUAUCUGCCUGCAUGGCGUUCAUGGUAGGCUCAGGCGGACGCGUAAUAGGCAUCGAGCAUAUUCCCGAACUCAUAGAGAUCUCUACUAGGAACGUUCGCGAGGACAACCCGCACUUCCUCAAGGAGGACCGCAUCAAAUUUGUGGUGGGAGACGGCAGAUUGGGACAUCCUGCUGACGGCCCUUACAACGCUAUACACGUUGGAGCAGCGGCCGAAACUUUACCGGAGACGCUGAUUGACCAACUGGCUCCCGGAGGUCGACUAAUCUGCCCAGUCGUGGCCAUAAAAGGUUUCCAAAGGUUACAAGACCUGCUGCAGGUGGACAAGAGCACAGACGGCGCGAUCACAAAGAAGAAGCUGAUGCAAGUCUCUUACGUUCCUCUCACGGAUCCCACCACUCAAUUACGUAAUUAGAGUUACUAAGGUGAGGUGUCACGGCGGAAAGAAACGCAAAAUUUCCGAGCAGACGACUAAACGAUCGCGUAUACAAAUCAGAUUAGUAAUAAUCAAAAUUUUUGUAUCUACAAAUUUUUUUCACGCAUGCGUAGAUAUGGAGUGCACGUCGUCUUCAAUUGGGGAUAUCAAUAAACUAUAUAUAUUUUCUA